AUGCGAGAUACUAAGGUGAAGAGAGUCACAGGUCACAUUACUAGCAUAAUGUUUUCGGAGCUCGAGUACCAGGAAGAACUGAUCAGCGAGAUGAAACCAGACGAUGUGGAGUUUCUCGAGCCAAGCCAUGAUACUUUAAAGGAUCGGGUUGAAAACGCUAAAGGACACGACGAGCAUUCGGACGUGAUGCUCAAACUUGAAGAUAAGCCGCAGUUUAAACAGCUAUAUACGGACAUAUUAUCUCGAUUCAAAUAUAUACUCAAGGUACAGACAAGGAAGCUCGAUAGACAGAAAGGCAUGAUUGACGAACAAAUGAGCACUGUCUUCGAACUUGAGGCGCAAAAACGAAAAAUUGCUAGCGAUCUUAAAACUGCAAAGCUGGCUUUGACGCUUGAAUUCUUCGGAGAGGAUAGCGAAGAAUACGCUUCUCUCUAG